AAGAAGAUGCAUGCACUGAUUGAGAUGUACGAAUUGACAGGUCAGAUAAGAUGGAUUAAGGCACAGAAUGAUCGGGUUCGAAAUGGUGAGCUAUACCGCUGCAUUGCUGAUACUAAGGGAGCUUUUUAUUCAGGUAUGCCUGCUCUGUAUGAAGCAUUUGGGCUUAGAGUCAUAGAGGCGAUGAACUGCGGCCUGCCGAUCUUUGCUGCGAACCAAGGAGGACCUGCAGAUAUUAUUGUUGAUGGAGUUUCUGGAUUCCAUAUCAAUCCCAACAAUGGAGAGGAAUAUAGUAACAAGAUUGCAGAUUUCUUCGAGAAAUGCCAGGAGGACAACGCUUACUGGAAUAAGGUGUCGACAGCCGGGCUCCAACGGAUAUAUGAGUGCUACCCUUGGAAGAUAUAUUCAACCAAGGCAUUGAACAUGGAGUCAGUCCAUGGCUUCUGGAGGAUAAGAAGCAAGCCAAACAGCGAUAUAUCCAGGUGCUCUGCGCCCUCCAGUUCAGAAAUUUGGGGAGUUCCAGGAAGAUACAAUAAAUAAACAAAUGAACUGGUAGAUU